AUGAAUCAGCAGAGCUUGGCUGCAGAGAGAGAGGCUUAUUCUGAAAUAGCCCGCGUGGAGACUACUCAAAACAGACAUCAGAACAAUGGGCUUAGCAUCAUCGAGAGUCAAAUGCAUUCACCUAUUGAUCGACGUCAAGAGCCAAUGCCUAAGCUCGAGGGACAGCUCACACGUUUUGUGAGCCAUUGCAGCAUACAAGUGGAGAUCAUAAUAAGUGAGUAUUUAGCUGAACAUGGGAACUUUAUUUAA